AUUGUAAGUUAGGAAAUCAUUUCAGUAGUCUGCAUCAUGAACUGAAGUUUUGACUGUUGAUUAGUGGUUUGUUUGUUAAUUAAACGCAUGCUUUAAUUGUAUAAAUUUUACAAAUCCAUUUAAACAAAAUCCUGUGUAUAUAUUUUAAAAUUGUGUAUUAAGAAUCUAUAUUGAAGUGAUUUUUUUUGGUAAAAGAUUUUUAGAAACUGCUUAAAAUUUAUUGUGUGAAAGGAGUUUGUACUAACAUUAACGCUGGAGAAACAAAAUCGAGUUAAGUUAAUUCGUGACAAGAUGGUAUUAGCUGAACGAAAUGCAGAGCUUGUCAGGAAUGGGCGACGAUCCCGAGGUCCAAGUCCAAAUGGACACAGUGCAAGCGCUGGUAAUAGUAAUGGCGCUGUUGUCGGUGGUGGCGGCGCUGGUACUCCGGAGACUAGUUCAGACGAUGAUAACUUUAAGAGAAAUGGCAAAUCUAAAACUAAGGCUAUUGAAUAUGAGGAAAAAAUUCGAGUCGGGCGCGAUUAUCAAGCUGUGUGCCCUGCACUGAUACCUGAAGGCGAUCGAAAGCCAGAAAUAUUAAAUGACCGUGCAUUACUUGUAUGGUCACCAACAAAGGAAAUACCUGAUUUAAAACUGGAGGAAUAUAUAUCUGUAGCUAAAGAAAAAUAUGGUUAUAACGGCGAGCAGGCGCUCGGGAUGCUGUUCUGGCAUAAACAUGAUCUUGAACGUGCAGUUAUGGAUUUGGCGAAUUUUACACCUUUUCCAGAUGAAUGGACAGUGGAAGAUAAAGUACUUUUCGAGCAGGCCUUUCAAUUUCAUGGCAAGAGUUUUCAUCGCAUACGACAGAUGUUACCAGAUAAAUCAAUAGCCAGUUUGGUUAAAUAUUAUUAUUCGUGGAAAAAGACAAGACAUAGGCAAAGCGUCAUGGACAGAACAGAGAAGGUCAAAUCUAAUAAAGAAGGUUCAGAAAAUGGCAGCGAAAACGGAAGUAAUGAAGAAUCAGAUAGCGAAGAUAAGGUUUAUGGGUCAAAUGGUCAAGCAAAAGCAAAUAGUAGCGGCAGCGUUAUCAGUGAAAUUUUAAGCAAAUCGAAAAAACCAAGCGAUCUUACCGCAAAUGAAAAUGAUAAUGAAAGUGGUGGCCGCAACACACCUUCAAGCAAUAGUGGUGUAGGUGGUUUUUGCAGUAAUUGCGGUGUUAUUUGCAAUGUUCUUUGCGUUUCUCCCCUGGGAAAAAUGUGCUCCAGUUGCCACCAUCAUUGGAGACGAACCGGCAACAAGCGACCAACUUCCGGUCCUACAUUUGGCAAAAGGGUAAGAGACCCAACAGCCGAUCGUCACGAACGAAAGCCUCCAAAGGGAAUAUAUAUUAAUCAUGAUGAUAUUAUUACUUUGGCUAGUCCAAAUGGCGCCCGAGAUUUUUUUAAGGGUAUCGAAAGAAAAAUUAUCUCCCUCCAUACUCAAGUGCAACUAAACAAACAAACUAUAUCUAGUUUAAAACGUAAAACUACUGAAAAUGUGGAAGACUUGCGUCCUGCUGAAGUUGCAAAUCGUAUUAAUUCUCGUUGGUCAAAUGAGGAAAUAAAUUUGGCUGUGCAGGGAAUCCGUAAAUAUGGGAAAGACUUUCAACUCAUAGCUGAAACACUUGGUACAAAAACAGAAUCACACGUACGCACCUUUUAUAUAAAUUAUCGGCGUCGUUAUAAUUUAGACCAAGUACUUAAGAAACACGAAGCGGAAAAAGAUGGUUCCAAUAUGGAUACUGCCAACACUAAUAAAAAGAGUGAAAAAAAAGAAAACAGCGGAGUAAAUGAAGAAUCUGAUAACACUACAUCUAGUGAGACCACCAUAUCAAAAUCAACAACUGAUGAAGCAAAAUCAUCUAGUUCAAUAAAGUUAAAAGAAAAUAUUAUUAUGGAGAUUGACUUAGAUGAUGAACCGUCUGAAGUAACACCACCAGCUUCAAAAAAAAUCGGAUUGAAUGUAGGCAAUUUGGAUGUGCCUAAACCAACAACUGUUUAGAUACUUUAAAGAUCCUGUUUUCGUGUUUAAAAUCUAUUAAUGUAAGUUCACGCUCAGAAUAUAACUCAAAACGAAGAUUGUCUUCAA